AUGCGAAAUUCACAAACAGAUGGAUCCUCCAUUGACUGGACAGAUAAUUUAUGGCAGUCACGUCACACUUCCUCUCUCGAUGACUCCUUCAAUACUAGCCGGGGAAAAUAUCUCUUUUUACUCACAAUAAUCGUACCUGUGUGUGGACUCGUUGUUCUUGCUCUUCUCAUUACUCUGCUAGUCGUUUUUUGUACUCAAGUACGACUCCGGCGGCAGCGCCAGCUGCAGCAACAACAGCAGCAGCGGUUGGUGCCCAGCCAAAGUCAAAUUCAGACUCUAACGGAUGGAGCUGUGGUCUUUCCUGAAUCUCAAGCAACUGCAAGCACAGGCUUUGGUCUCGGUGGCUGCGCGAAUAACGGAGCCGCUGGACUUAGCAGCGUUUCCUUUUUACAGGCAGGACUGAAUGGAGCAUAUCUGGACCAGAAGGCUCGUCUGUUCGAAUCUGAGUUAACAGCCAGACUUGGUGGCCAGAAUGGUAUAGUAACUCCAACACAUACGAGUCUUAUUCCGCAAAUGCCAUUUCCGCUCGACGUAGAUCCAAAUGGAUCAGCACCGCCUCCAGGACCUACGCAUCCUUCACUUCAACCACCGUCAACAAUGUCGAUAACUCAGGUUCCAUCUGGUGGUGGGUCUGAUACAGCAAACUUUCUUAUUCCGUCUUCUUUGCCUCACACAGUUGUUACUGGAGUAGCGCAGGCGAACUUGCUAAUGACUUCGCCAAGGAAUUCAGGUUUCAGCUAUUUGUCGUCGAUCGGUGGUGCAGGAACUCCUGCAUUGGGGGCUGCAUACAUGCCAUCCAUGCUAAUGGGGCCUGGCUACAUGACACAUAGGCCGAAUUUUGGUUAUUUAGAUGAAUUAGCCGCAGACUACCUUCCAGAAUCUAACUAUCAGAAGCCGGUUGUGCCUGCAAAUGCGGCCGCGGCUGCUGCCUAUGUAAAGGGACUAAAUGGGCUUCUUUAUUCGCAGGUCGAAGCGGCAGGAUCCCUUGACUAUCCUCCAAGAUCAAGGCUUAAU